GUAUCAGACCACAGUUGCACAGAAUACAGAAGCGAGAGGUGAAAAACUCCAUAAGAACUUAACUGAGACUUUAGAUGGAUUCCACUGACACAUAUCAGCAAAAUUAACAGGUCAGUUAUAAAACCUUACCUAGUUUGCUUAACGCAGUUUACAUAAAGGCAUGAAAACCAGAUAUACUUUAAAUUUAAUCGAACACCUAUAAAUACUGCUUUUAGGAAUGUUCUAUGCUUUGCAUGCUAUGAAGCAACUGUGUGCACAAUAUGUCUGAAGAAUUGCAAGGAUAUUAUAUUGCACAGGAUUUUAUGUUAUUUAUCCAUCUUCUGUAUACAGUCCAGACUUUAAGUAUUUGGACAGUUACACAUUUUUUUGUUCUUCAGGCUCUGAGCUUUAGCACAUGCAAUUUGAAGUAAAAUAAUGGAUCCUACAAUAAUGUGCCAAGUCUCAGCUUUAAUUUGAGUAUGUUUACGUCAAUAUUGAAAAAAGUGUGUGGGAAGAUGUAGCCCUAGGCUACACUAGGCUACUAAAGAUUCAGAUUCAGAUUCAGAUUCAGAUUAAGUGAAGACCAGACUAAAGACAGAGAGACUCCCAACAAGCGAGAGCUGUAGGUGGCUGCAGUGAAGCUCUGGGAGAGCAUCACCAGGGAAGAUACAAAGCAUCUGUUGAUGGCUACAACACCCAUGGAGGAAAAUUCCACUUCAUCCCAGUUCUCAGUUGGCAAUCGCAGCCAAACCAAUAUCACUUGUUCCCGUGAAAGCGUUUUGACGACGGUGGUUUUGCCCAUUCUCUACUCGUUCCUCUUCUUGGUGGGGCUGUCAAUCAAUGGCCUGGCAGUAUUUGUGUUUUUUCGCAUCCCCUCAAAGUCUCACUUCAUUAUAUACCUGAAAAAUAUUGUGGUUGCAGAUGUCAUCAUGACCUUCACGUUCCCUUUCAAGGUGUUAUCAGGCUCCCAAAUGGCAUCCAUUGACAUGCGUAUAUUCGUGUGCCGAGUUUCCUCAGUGCUCUUCUAUCUCACCAUGUAUAUCAGCAUCCUCUUCUUCGGCCUCAUCAGCAUCGAUCGCUGUAGAAAGACCCUCAAGCCCUUUAGGGGGACUAAUGCAACCCGGCUGACCCGUCGGAAGCUCUUUUCAGGGGCCAUCUGGACCUUUCUGCUCGUUCUCAGUCUGCCCAAUGUAAUCCUGUCAAGUGAAACCCCAAACCCUGGAAACUUCGACUGCACUAGCCUGAAGACAAAGACUGGGGUGUUAUGGCAUGAGGUGGUAAAUGAUAUCUGCCAAGUUAUUUUCUGGGGCAACCUGGUGACUGUGCUAGUAUGCUACACUCUAAUCACAAGAGAGCUGUACAGAUCCUACUCCCGCACUAAGUCCCACAGCACUGGAGGGACUACAAGUCAAGCAACAACUGGGGCAGCAGCUCGCACGCCCCACGAAGCCAGAAGAAAAAUGAAUACAAAUGUGUUCCUUGUUCUGGCAGUGUUCUUUGUGUGCUUUGUGCCGUUUCACUUUGUCCGUGUGCCGUACACUUUGAGCCAGACCCGAGGGGAUUUCUCUGAUUGUACAUGCAAUUUUAUCUUCUUUCAGCUGAAAGAGAGUGCACUUUUCCUCUCAUCCCUAAACUCUCUUCUGGACCCGCUCAUCUACUUCUUCCUCUGUAAGUCCUUCCGGACGACUCUGUUCAAGACCCUGAAGCUGCCUUCUGGUACCUGUAUCUGUCUUCCAGGGGGAGAGUCAGAUACAGAUACCAGCAGCACCCCUAUGAAAGAGUCCUCUGUCUGUACAUAAAACCAUUGGACAAGAUAACGACUAUUGUAAUGUGGUAGUGGUGUUUGAUGAUGAUGUCCUGCUGUUGCGAACUGGUUCAAAUCCAAAUGUGACUAAACAAUAGAGCACAUACAGUAGGUGACAGACACGGUGAUGUAUUUGUAUUUGAUGCAGAGUCGCUUGCAGUCCCACAGUCUGUCCUAAAGACACAAAUGAAAUGUGUAUGCCACAGCACAUAUUUGUGUUCAUGAUCAUCAUAAAAUUAUCACAAUACCAUGCUUUUAAUAAUUAAAACAUAUUAAGUAACAAUAAUCAACUGUUUUUUAUUUUUUUGUUGUGUGAGAGAAAGUGUUUUCCCAGUAAGAGAAAUUCAAACAGAUAAACAUGAAUACCUAUUUUUACUGAUUGUUUUCCUUUCUGUUCUCUAUUCGAGUUAACAACAUCAAGUUUGUCUUCUGUGUUUUCACAACUAUUAACCUUGAAACAUUAAAUUACAAACUGAAAAUAAAGCUCAUUUUAAGGAGACUCACAGUAUUCCUCUGUAAUAGUGUACCUGUAUAAUAAAC